GGAAGUAGGGGGAAGUGCGUCCGCGGAGGCGCCGCAAGGCGGCGGAAGAUGGCGGAGAGUGGCGGGGCAGAGAGGGAUGAAGCGGAGAGGGUGUCUUCCAGGCCACGGCCCCCGAGCGCGCGGGACUUACAGUUGGCCCUCGCAGAAUUAUAUGAAGAUGAAGUGAAGUGCAAAUCUCCCAAGUCUGAUAGACCUAGAACUACAGUCUUUAAGAGCCCACACACACCACAACGAUUUUAUUCAGGUGAACAUGAAUACAGUGGAUUACGUAUAGUUCGACCUUCAACUGGGAAAAUUGUGAAUGAACUUUUUAAAGAAGCAAAGGAACAUGGGGCUAUCCCUCUAAAUGAAGCCACAAGAUCUUCAAGUGAUGACAAAUGUAAGUCAUUUACAGGUGGAGGAUAUAGACUGGGUAAUUCCUUUUGUAAACGGUCUGAAUACAUAUAUGGAGAAAAUCAGCUGCAAGAUGUUCAGAUUUUGCUUAAACUGUGGAGCAACGGUUUCAGUUUAGAUGAUGGAGAAUUGAGACCUUAUAAUGACCCAACAAAUGCUCAAUUUUUAGAGUCUGUUAAGAGAGGAGAGAUUCCUUUGGAGCUCCAGCGACUGGUUCAUGGUGGCCAAGUGAAUUUGGAUAUGGAGGAUCACCAGGAUCAAGAAUACAUAAAACCUAGAUUGAGGUUCAAGGCUUUUAGUGGAGAAGGGCAAAAACUUGGAAGCCUUACACCUGAAAUAGUUAGUACACCUUCCUCCCCAGAAGAAGAGGACAAAUCUAUUCUUAAUGCAGUUGUUCUUAUUGAUGAUUCAGUGCCAACUACGAAAAUUCAAAUCAGGUUAGCAGAUGGCAGCCGUUUGAUACAAAGAUUCAAUAGUACACACAGGAUCCUGGAUGUCCGGGACUUUAUUGUACAGUCUCGUCCUGAGUUUGCAACUCUUGACUUUAUUCUUGUGACAUCAUUUCCAAAUAAGGAGCUAACAGAUGAAAGCUUGACACUACAAGAAGCAGAUAUUCUUAACACUGUGAUACUCCAGCAACUAAAAUAAUAUUGCUCCUAUCCAUACAGGUGCAUAUAGGAAUAGGUAAUGUGCCAUAUCAGUAAGAAAAAUACUGUGCUUCAAGCAUAAAAAAAAAACAAAUUAUUUUUGUUAAUUGUACAUAUAAAUGUUGGUUUUAUUGAUAUUCUGUUGUCCAGGCUUAAUAUAGAUGAGUAUGGAGGUAGAGAUCUCAAGAUAAAUAUGUUUGAAUUUUUAGUUGCAGGGUCGACUUAUGUUGAUAACAUAAACAUCUAGGCAAACCAAUUUGUUACGUGCUAAGUGUUAGUAAAGCAGCAUUUAUUGGAGAGAUGAACAAAACCCCUUUUUGAUCAAUGCAUUUGGUAAAAUUUGCACUAAAGUUUUUUGAUGCAGCAAUGACCAGUAGCUAUUAAGAAUUU